UCGUGCCGAAACAGUGGCGUGUGGGCCCCAGCCAGCUAUAUCUGGCUCUAGCGCAAGUAAACUGUACAAAACAAAACUGGACAGUGUUCCAUAUUAUAUGUAGAUAACUGACACUUCGGCAACCUGCGGUCUGACAAUGGGAGCGAACAACAGUACCCGCCGCGUGUCAUUUGAGUCAGAUGAGAACGAGAAUAUAACGGUGGUGAAGGGCAUACGGCUCUCUGAGAAUGUCAUCAACCGCAUGAGGGAACCUGCGGCACCUCCUAAACGUGAACAUGCUCUCACUCCGACACCCUCUGUGGCGCCUUCCCUCACUCCUUCUCCCCUCCUGCGGCCAGUGCCGCCUCCCUAUGACCCGAUCACCUCCUUGCCUCCUCCCCCUCCUGUUGUCGAACCUGUUACACCUCCAGCUCCUCCUCCACCAGCUCCAUCUGCCACAGAGACUGUGGCUGCACCUCCACCACCUUCUCCUCAGCCUCUGACAGAACAGCCCCCAGCGGAGCCUGUUUCUCCUCCUCCUGUCCCUGAGCCAGCGGUAGUGCCUGAGUCGAGUUCCGUCCCACCACCUCCUGCUGCACCAGCCAUUGAUGAAGAGGCCCUGAGGAAGAAGAUCACUGAUGAGCUGUAUAAAGGCUUGGAGCAGGACAGGGCCAAGGCAGAGCAAGAGCUGCAAGCCUGGCUGGAGUCAGAGAAGGCCCGGUCAGCAGCCAAGGCUCAGGCUGAAGCCCAGUCUCAGGUCCAGGAUGAAGUGUCCAGGAUUCUGUCUGUGGAGCGGGCCGUGGCCCAGGAGAGCCUCCAGCAGGCCGUGAUAAGAGAGAGGAUCGCCACCGAGGAGGAGAUGCUCCGCGCUCAACUCUUAGCCAAGCAGCUGGAGGCCAGAGAAGCCGACCUAAAGAGGCAGGAUGUUUUCUACAGAGAGCAGGUGGCCCGGCUGGAGGAGAGGAGCGCUCAGUUCUACAAGGUCACCACAGAGAACUACCAUAAAGCUGCCGACCAAGUGAAUGCCAAGUUCAAGCGGUACGAGAUGUAUCCUGUGUGUGCAGACCUGCAGGGCCAGAUCCUCGCAUGCUACAAAGAGAACGUUGGAAAAACCCUUCACUGCUCCAACAUAGCAGCCCUUUACCUACAGUGUGUCAACAACGCCAAACAGAACAAGUUGAGGACUGGAGGUUAAGGGGAGAGAGACAGAAAGAGGGAGCAAUGAAGAGUUUCUGGUGUGGGAUUACUUAUUAUCGACCGACUGACAGACAGACCGAACCGGAGCGAAGGACGUGAGGAACAAGUCAGCACCAAGACACACACCCUCAAAACCCUGUGGAGAACCAGAACAGAACCAGACUAGAGGCACCGAACACACCCUGAGAGAAAUAGACACCUUUUCCCCGUAGAUCCUUAUCUCCUUCCCCACCUCUCUUGCCUUUCGUCUAUCUCUCCUGUGAGUAUGUAGGGAGCGACACUGUCUGCUAUUUUGCGACAGCAGGGGUCGACGGCACCCAGCAGGCCUGAGCUCGGCCCGCUGGAAGGACAUGAACCAACACAGCAAAGCAAGCCACCUCUUUCACAGACCACCUGCACCCACCCCCCUCUCAUUCCAGCACUGUUAGGAAGAUAAAAGUCUAUUUUUACUUAUAAGUCAGUCCUAUUUUGUCGUCCAUAAAUCACUGAAAUCAUUGUUUUCCUGCUCCCAAUGCAUCAUCCUGUACACAAAUGUGCAUGUGUGCAUCUGUUCGUGUGACUUUGUUAAUAAUGUAACGACGUGCGUGUUCAAUUCAUGCAGACCAACACUUGUGACAAUGUCUGAUCAGAGGAAAUAAAAGACAACACAAUGCAGGAACUACU